AUGGCCGUGCAAGCCCAAGAGUGCCGCACAGUUCUAUGGUGCCCAUUCCGUCACAGUGAUGCAGAGCUGCUGAAGCAGAAGAUGCAGUCCUACAAGAUCCCAGCCUCGGGGAUCAGCCAGAUUUUGGAUUUAGUAAAGGGGACUCAUUACCAGUUGGCCUGUCAGAAGUACUUCGAGAUGACACAUAACGUGGACGAUUGCGGCUUUUCUUUGAAUCAUCCGAAUCAGUUCUUCGUCGAGAGCCAGCGGGUCCUAACUGGUGGCAAAGACAUCAAGAAGGAGUCCAGCCAGCCAGAGACGCCUCAGCACAGACCCAGUGUCCAGAAGAGCAGGGAUGCCGCGUCUGCCCUGGCCUCUCUAGACUCCUCCCUGGAAAUGGAGCUGGAGGGGCUGGAAGAUUACUUUAGUAAAUGAUGUGGCUGCUGUCGUCACUCUUCCCAGGGAACACAGUCCUCUGUAAGGUUAGCCUUUGCAGACCUUUCCGUUACCCUCCCUAACCCAGCUGCUCAUGCACACACACUUAUUAGGAAAGCAGACUUGCCUCCACCUCAUGUCUGACAUGAUGAAAAGGAAGAGUCCCUACUGGAACCUAGAAAGUUAAACGACUUAAGGAUGAAAGUCCUCAAGCAACAAUACAAUUACAACCAACUUGUAAAGUUUCACUCAAUUUUGGCCCAAUCCUCUUUUGCACCAUUUUUGUUAAUAAAUAUCAACAUGUAUAUGACUA